UCAAACUGUCACCUGAACUGCAUCUUUGUAAAAAUUAAAUUUUGCUAUUUUUUAUUUAUGAAAUGUUAAAUUAAUUUUAGUGAAAUGUUAGAAUUAAAGGCAUGCACAGUGUGUUUUAGCACUGAUGUUAAGUUAUUCAAUAUGGAUACAGGUCAAUUGCGACAAACUUUCAACGCUUUAUCUGGCCUACAGACUUAUGAGGGCAAUGGAAUGCCAAGCUAUUUAUGCCUGGAAUGCACAAGUUAUGUUAGACGCUUCAAGAAAUUCCGACUCAAAUGCCAAACUGCCAAUUAUGUGCUUAGAGAAAUCAUUCAAAGGAACAGUGAGAUUAAAAUCGAAGAUCUAAAGUUAAUUAAUCGUGAAGCCCUAAACAUAGCACCUACACUUUCUUUUGUUAACCAAAAUAAAGCGUAUUUUGAAGAAGUUAAGUUCCGAUGGACACGAUCCAACCGUCUCGGUUUGCCAUGCAAGGAGGAAAUACCUGUAGUUAACUAUAAUAAUUAUCAAGUCACUGAAGAAAAUAAUGACAACGGGAAAACAAUUAAAAUUGAGAAUGAAAUCAAUGAAGAAUUGAAUGAUUAUGGUGAACUGAAUAUGCAUGAUGAUUGUGAUGCUAAUGAUGAAAUUAUUGAAGAAAGUAUUAAUAAUGAGGAGACUGAUGAACCGCCUCUCAAAAACGCUAAAACUGAAGAUGAUGUGGAUGGUUCAGAAAUAGAUGCGGAGUAUGCAAAAUUGUAUCCAAUAACUAUGAAAGAAGCGGAAGCGGUUGCAGAGAUCUUUAAGAUGUGUGGUACGGGAAUAUAUAAGUGUGAGAUAUGUUCGAAAUCUUAUAAUAAUGAGAAUCGCUUGACAACUCAUUUGAGGAUGCAUGAUAUGCACACCAGCGGAACCUUUCGGUGUGAUCUGUGUAUGUAUUACUACCGAACAGAGUUCAUGCUCAAAACGCACAUGGCAGACAAACACAUGUACAAGUAUGUGUGUAGGAAAUGUCCUGAAGUUAGUUAUACCAGGGCAUUAGCAAAACACCAUUACACCCACGCACAUCUAAACAAACGCUACGUUUCCGGCUCCAAAUGGUCUCAAGUUAGGCCUUUAUGGCUGGGCUCUCGCGGCGUCAAAUGUCCGAAAGGUGCCACCAAAAAGAAAAGAAAAAAGGAUACUGGGAUUCCCCCAGAUUUCCCUCUCAGGGAAGCUGUCAGUCAAGAAGAACAGUACAGAUUAGUUUUGGAACGGAAAUCUUCAAGGAACUAUUUGGAGUCCCAGUUUACAUGUGACCUUUGCUUUAAAGGCUUCAGAGUGCUGGCCACUUAUAAUAAUCACAUGGCGAAACACGAUCCGAAAAUCUCUGGUAAGCAUCAAUGCGACGUAUGCAAAAUGUUUUUCAAAGAUACCCGCAAGAUGUAUAAGCACAUGAUCAUAAGCCACGUGGUCAAGUACACCUGCCAACUGUGUAAACAUGUGUGUUACAACAGAAAUCAAGCAAUAAUGCACUACAAGUGGCAUAAGAAUGUCACAUAUAAGUGCCCGCACUGUGAUAAAGUUUUUAACAAAAUCUCGACUCACCUGACCCACAUCCGCAUAAAGCACCCGUCCAGCUUCAUGUGCAUCCUGUGCGGGCACAGCUUCGUCAGCCAGACCGGCCUCUACUGCCACCAGCGGAUCGCGCACACAGCUGAGGAGACGCAACUGAGCAGCGCGACGGAGGCUGACCCCAGCCACCCGCUGUACUGCGCGGACUGCGGCAUCCACUUCCUGAACGAGGACGCCUUCAACACCCAUCUGGGCAGUUCCAACAAACACGCCACUACUAACGAAUCUAUAAAAACAAAAAUGCGCGACACAAAACGGUUGGGAGACAAGUGUACCCGUUCCCAGCCGCGAGGCCGCCGCGGCCGGCCCAGCAAGGCGGGCGCGCACUCCGACAUCAUCAACAACGGCCUGCCCACCUCCACCAGCUGCGAACUGUGCGGCAAAUACCUUCCGAAUGACGUGCAAACCCGCAAUCACUAUGAAAAGGAGCACCCGGGCCACGACUACCUCAAGCGGUACAUGUGUGAUGUUUGCGGGCACACUACUAAGCAAUACGCGAACUUAGUGGUGCACAUGCGUACACACACGAACGAGAAGCCGUACGACUGCCCGCACUGCGACCGCCGGUUCAGCAUGGGCAGUAACCGCGACCGCCAUCUUGUCGUGCACACUGGCGAGAAGCGCUAUCAAUGUCACCACUGCAACCGCCGCUUCACACAGAGCAGUGCGGUCAAGCUUCACAUACAAACUGUGCAUCUGAAGAUACCCUACGCGCCCUGGGACAAGAAGAACAGGAAGCGACGCAAGGAACUCGAAGGCGCGUCCGCCCCGGUGAGCGCGGCGAGCGCGCCGCCGCAGAAGCUGAUUCUAGACGCGCAGGGGGACUAUCUCAACGCGUACAUCAACUACAACGAGUGAUCGUGGGAUGUGUGUGUUUUAUGUGAUUACCUGUUUUUGUGUUGUAUGAAGUGUUUUUAUUUCACACGAUUUUUAUAUUUAAUUUUUAUUUUGUAGAUUUAUUUUAUUUUAUUUGAAAUGUAUAAAAUAAAUCGAUGAAUAGUUAUCGAGAAAUUGUAUAACUUAUUUUAAAACCUAAAUGGAAUAAAAGUGCCAUAGGUUAAGUAACAAUAAAGUACAUAGCCUAAUAGUAAUAAUUUAUUUUAGGCAUUUUUUUUUUAAUUUCUUUCUACCUUGGUUCCUAAUGUGUAUAGUAAUAAGUGAAGUGGUUGAAAAAUGUCAUGGAUGCUAUUGACUUUUUAACGAAGCCUAUUGCCUAGACAAACACAUUGUUUUUUUUAUUUUGUGUGUAAUGAAUUACAAUGGAUAUUUACGUCUUUGCAAGACUGUUGGCUCUGUCUACCCCGCAAGGGAUAUAGACGUGACCAUAUGUGUGUAUGUAUGUAUUUACGUACCUUAAACCUUCAUGGUUGUCUGAAAUGUAUUUAUAAUGUUCUUAACUUAUCCAAUGUAAAGAUAAAAUUUGUAGUUAUAAAUAUAUAAAUAAAAUAAUGAACAGUUUAUGUAAAUACUCGAUGAUAAACCAGGGAUCAUUCCUUUUAUCACCAGGGAUUGCAUCUUGGUUAAAAGCAUUUUUAUAGCACAAUUUUAUGUAUAUAAUCUUACUCUGUUUAUGCAAAAAUAUGUUUGCAUUGCAAAACAAUUCUAGAAUUUUAAAAUUUUUCUUUUAAUCAAUUUUUUAUUGUAUUUGAUUAUAUAAAUUGUGUAAGAAUAAGAAUAAUGUAAUUUGCCUUAAAAGUAUUUUACUAUGUAAUGGAACGCUAAUAGAAAUUAUUUUGAAUA